AGUGCCGCAUGCGGUGGGCGGGAAGGGGCGACGCCGCUUCCGCCCGGUGUCAAGAUGGCGGCGCCCUUUGUCUGGGCCGUGUCACGGGCGGUGAUCUGAGGCCGCCAGCGGGCCCGGCAUGGCAGGUUUCUUUUGGCUGCUCCUCUCCAAGGGGUGAUUGCUGUCAAGGGAGACCCAAGGCUGCAGAGCAAGGCAGAAGACCGUCGGGAGCUCAUUGCUGCGACCCACUGCAGACAGGAGGAGGCUCCCUUGUCGCACUGCACGCCCGUCCUGUGCUUAGCAGCUGAAGGAACACGUUUGUGGCUUGCAGCAGCUGCCCCAGUUGAGCUGGCCUGCCCAGCCCUGACCCACCAUGGAUUUCCCUCAGCACAGCAGGCAGGUUUUGGAGCAGCUGAACCAGCUGCGGCAGCUGGGCUUGCUGUGCGACUGCACCUUCGUGGUGGAUGGCAUCAACUUCAAGGCCCACAAAGCCGUGCUGGCGGCAUGCAGUGAGUAUUUCAGGAUGCUCUUUGUGGACCAGAAGGAGGACGUGGUGCACCUCGACAUCAGCAACGUGGCAGGGUUGGGGCAGGUUUUGGAGUUCAUGUACACGGCCAAGCUGAGCCUGAACCCUGACAAUGUGGAAGAUGUGCUGGCUGUGGCAGGGUUCCUCCAGAUGCGGGAGAUCGUCAACGCUUGCAAUGCACUCAAAUCCCUCACGGUGCUGGCAGAAAGCCCUGUAGAGAGCCGGGAGCUCCUCACUGAGCUCGGGGUUGAGAAGGUGAUUGUUGAGGGCAAAACAGCGGCAGCAGUAACGCAAGGUGAUUCUGACAAACCAAAAGAUCCUUCCAACCCAGAGGGGAAGGAAGAGGCGCCUGUGGCCGCAGCAACACAGCCCAAGGAGCCAGCAGAGCAAGCGGAUGCCAAAGAGGGCCCUGCAGAAAGUCAGCAGGCAGGAGGUGUGGACAGUGCUGCCGAAGCCGGCCCUGAUGCUACAUCCCCCAGCCGCCUGCAGCCAGCAGAGAGUGAGGUGGGCAACAGCAGCCCCAGGGAGAAGGGCAGCGAUGCUCCCAGCGCUGAGGCAAGAGAGAUGGAGCUGGAAGGGAAGGAGAAAGAGGGGGAGGCGAUGGCGGAGGAAGAAGAGGAGGCUAAAAUUCCCAAGGCAGCACAACCCAAAUUAGAAAGCAGAGAAAAUGCUGAGGAUAACGAAUCAGGGAGCACUGACUCCGGACAGGAGAACUCAGGCGAAACGCGGCUGCUGCGUUCGGGUUCUUACAGCGACAGGACCGAGUCGAAAGCCUACGGCUCCGUCACACACAAGUGUGAGGACUGCGGGAAGGAGUUCACCCACACUGGGAACUUCAAGCGGCACAUCCGCAUCCACACCGGAGAGAAACCCUUCUCCUGCAGGGAGUGCAAUAAAGCCUUCUCAGACCCGGCUGCGUGCAAAGCCCACGAGAAGACGCACAGCCCGCUGAAGCCCUAUGGCUGUGAGGAGUGUGGGAAGAGCUACCGCCUCAUCAGCCUGCUGAACCUGCACAAGAAGCGGCACACGGGGGAGGCCAAGUACCGCUGUGACGACUGCGGGAAGCUCUUCACCACCUCGGGCAACCUCAAGAGGCACCAACUGGUGCACAGUGGGGAGAAGCCCUACCAGUGCGACUACUGCGGGCGCUCCUUCUCUGACCCCACCUCUAAAAUGCGGCACCUGGAGACCCACGACACCGACAAGGAGCACAAGUGUCCCCACUGUGACAAGAAAUUCAACCAGGUGGGGAACUUGAAAGCUCACUUGAAGAUUCACAUUGCGGAUGGGCCCCUGAAGUGUCGGGAGUGCGGCAAGCAGUUCACCACCUCAGGCAACCUGAAGCGGCACCUCCGGAUCCACAGCGGGGAGAAGCCCUACGUCUGUGUGCACUGCCAGCGGCAGUUCGCUGACCCUGGGGCGCUGCAGCGGCACGUCCGCAUCCACACGGGAGAGAAGCCGUGCCAGUGCCUCAUCUGUGGGAAGGCGUUCACCCAAGCCAGCUCCCUCAUCGCCCACGUGCGCCAGCACACGGGGGAGAAGCCCUAUGUCUGCGAGCGCUGUGGCAAGAGGUUCGUGCAGUCAAGCCAGCUGGCCAACCACAUCCGGCACCACGACAACAUCCGACCUCACAAGUGCACUGUCUGCAACAAAGCCUUCGUCAAUGUGGGUGACCUCUCCAAACACAUCAUCAUCCACACCGGGGAGAAGCCGUUCCUCUGUGACAAAUGCGGCCGUGGCUUCAACCGUGUGGACAACCUGCGCUCCCACGUCAAGACGGUGCACCAGGGCAAGGCGGGCAUGAAGAUCCUGGAGCCAGAAGAUGGCAGUGAGCUCAACAUCGUCACGGUGGCCUCAGACGACAUGGUGACGCUGGCCACCGAGGCGCUGGCUGCCACAGCUGUCACACAGCUCACAGUGGUCCCCGUGGCGGCCGCUGUGACGGCAGAUGAGACCGAAGCGCUUAAAGCAGAGAUCACCAAAGCGGUGAAACAAGUGCAGGAAGCAGACCCCAACACUCAGAUCCUUUACGCCUGCGAUUCCUGCGGGGAGAAAUUCCUGGAUGCCAGCAGCCUGGCGCAGCACGUCCGCAUCCACACGGCCCAGGCGCUCGUCAUGUUCCAGGCCGACACGGACUUUUACCAGCAGUACGGGGCCGCUGCUGCCACCUGGCAGACCGAGCAGGUCAUCCCAGCCACCGAGCUGCUUUUCCGUGCCCGCGACAGCCCCCAAGAGGCCCCCGCCGCCCCCCUGGCCCCGGUGCCCCUCGCUGGGGAAGGCCAGGCACCUGCUGAAUGACCCACCUGCACCCCCUCGCCUUUAUUUAAAGUCAGCUGCUUGGAAAUGGUGUAAAAAGUGUAUUUCUGGAAGGAGAGAAAGAGAAGGAAUAAAUGGCAAUAUUUUCUAAAGCAUGUGCUGGAGCCCACUGCCUCACACAGGUGCUGCAGGGGUAGGGAGGGAGGUACUGCAAUAUGUGCUACGAGUGCAGCUGGAUGCUCCCCCCUACUCAGGGCUGGGGCAGCACAAGGGGCCCCGAGGCCCCUUCCCAUCUCUUCCUGCUGCUCAGGGGAAAGAGGGCCAGCAAGGGUGUGGAAUAAUAGAGGCAGAUGCGUGGAGCAGCCCUUCCCUGCACCCCACAUCCGUGGGGCUGAUGAGGUUGGGGCUGAGAGGUUCACUCUGCCCAGAGGCAGAUGGGGAUGGGGGCCGGCUCUCCCCAUCCAAAAACAGCCCUGCACCAGGGAUGACGCCGCCGAGUGCCCAGGGAGCAGCGUGCUGCACCCACUGCAGGCUGCGGGGAGGAAACAGCAAAACCACCCCAACGUGGCAGCACAGCAGCUUCCAAACCCACAGAGGCACAACGGUGCUGGGCUGCAUCCGGUGCAGAAGCACUCAGGGCGUGGAGGAUCUGUUCUCAUCCAAGCUGGAAAUGCCCAUUUCUACGACGGCGGUGGCUGCAGCCCCCUGCAGCCGAGUGCUUGAACAACGCUGGCAGGACAGGAGCUGCACUGAGGAAGGCCCUGCCCGCCCCCCGGCGCAGCAGCAGCACAGCGGCGCGAGGUGUUUUGUAUUUUUUAAUAAAGUUUGUAAUCCAAUGGACACACAAAACAAAACUGCGCUGAGAAAAACAGUUCCAUAAAUUAAUAAGUGUUAGGGGAGGUGAAGGGAGAAGGGGGGUAAAAAGUCUUUGUACAAGUGUAUAACACUUCCACAGCUCAUGAGACGAGGGAGGGGGGCAUGUUUAAAUGAAGCGCACUUACAAAUGAGUGACAAUACAAAGUCUGAGUAUGAAAAUAAGAUUUUCUCUGAAAACACAUUUUUGGCACAGAUUAAAAAAAAAUGUAUGUUGUGGGGAUUUGAUUUUUUUUUUUUUUCUUUUUAAAGUCAGUAUUAUAUAUAUUUAUAUAUAUUAUAUAUAUAUUUAUAUAUACACACACCCACUGAGUUCUGCAUAUCCCACCAGGAAGGAAAAUAGCUCUCCCUUUUGUUUUGCUUUUUUUUUUCUCUUUUUUUUUCUUUUUUUUUCCUCUUUUUUUUUCUUUUUUCAGUGUAAACUGUACAUCCCAGAUGAAGAGAAGACGGCUGCAGCAGGGGUGGGUGGAGGAGAGGAAGGUUCACAUCCAGGAAAAAAACAAAACCAACCAAAACGAAACAGAACAACGAAAAAAACCAACAACAA